CUUUGGGAAGCGAGAGGAAACCAUAAAGAAAGGCAGAAGUGCAGCCGGGGUGGGCUGUCGGAGGAGAAGCACCAAGGCCAGGAUUAGCCCUUCUUGGCAUGACCGUCUGCUGGGAGAAAGGGGGGAUCAGGAGACAGAGAGGAAAAUCCUUGGGUGGGGGCUGAAGGCAGCUUGGAGGGUCUGUGGGCUGACAGGGAACAAGCUGAGCAUGGAGGAGCUGCCCAGCUGGAUCUAACGGCAUCAUCGGCUCAGACAGGCGGGAUCAAAGCUUCUCUGUGCCGCACCUCAGAGCAGGGCAAAGACAUUCUUGCUGACUGGGACAGGAGAUCAAACACUUUAGACGGGCAAACUCUACAGCUGGAUCUGAACUUCCGUAGGCCCCAAGGAGCUUCUCCACAAAGAAUACUUGCCAGGAAGGUAUGUGAAGAUGUCGACCUUCCUAGAUCCUGGGAUGCACACUCUCCAGAUAGGUACAAACGGCGAGAGCUCUCAGACGCCAUCCCCACCCCGUUCCCCAGGGAUGCCCAACGAGAGCUGCAGCAUCGCGCCACUCACGCCCUCCCAGUCCCCGAGGAACGAAGCCCGGGCACAGCGACCCACUUCCUUCUCCGUGGUAGUGGCCAUUGACUUUGGCACGACCUCCAGCGGCUAUGCCUUCAGCUUCUCCAACGACCCCGAGGCCAUUCACAUGAUGAGGAAAUGGGAGGGAGGUGAUCCUGGAGUGGCCAAUCAGAAAACCCCCACCAGCCUCUUGCUGACCCCAGAGGGCGCCUUUCACAGUUUCGGAUACACAGCAAGGGAUUAUUACCACGAUCUCGAUCCGGAGGAAGCCCGGGAUUGGCUCUACUUUGAGAAGUUUAAGAUGAAGAUUCACAGCACGAGUGACCUCACCAUGAAAACCGAAUUAGAAGCCGUGAACGGGAAGAAGGUCCAGGCGCUGGAGGUGUUUGCACACGCCCUUCGCUUCUUCAAGCAGCACGCCGUGCAGGAGCUCAAGGACCAGUGUCCAUCUUUGCAAGAGAAAGAGGCCAUCCGCUGGGUGAUUACAGUGCCUGCCAUCUGGAAACAGCCAGCCAAGCAGUUCAUGAGGGAAGCAGCAUACAAGGCCGGCUUGGUUCCCCCCGCAAACCCGGAGCAGCUGUUGAUUGCGCUGGAGCCGGAAGCAGCCUCCAUCUAUUGCAGGAAACUCCGCCUCAAUCAGCUGAUUGACUUGAGCUGCAAACCUCUAGCCAAUGGCCUCACACCAGAGCUCUCCAUCGACUCCAGCUUCAGGCAGGCCAGAGAGCAGCUCCGGCGUUCCCGGCACAGCAGGACCUUCCUGGUGGAGUCGGGGGUAGGCGAGCUGUGGUCCGAAAUGCAGGCAGGUGACCGUUAUAUCGUGGCUGACUGCGGCGGUGGGACAGUGGAUCUGACCGUCCACCAGAUCGAGCAGCCGCAAGGGACGCUCAAAGAGCUCUACAAAGCCUCAGGCGGCCCCUAUGGGGCAGUGGGGGUGGACCUGGCCUUCGAGAGGCUGCUGGGCCAGAUCUUCGGGGAGGAUUUCAUCGCCACCUUCAAGGCCAAGCGCCCAGCAGCCUGGGUGGACCUGACCAUCGCCUUCGAGGCCCGCAAGAGGGCCGCAGCGCCCUUCCGCUCCAACCCCCUCAACGUCUCGCUGCCCUUCUCCUUCAUCGACUUCUACCGCAGGCACCGGGGCCAGAACGUGGAGACGGCGCUCAAGCGGAGCAGUGUGAACUUUGUGAAGUGGUCCUCGCAGGGGAUGCUGCGAAUGUCGUCGGAGGCCAUGAACGACCUCUUCCAGCCGACCGUCAGCCAGAUCAUCCAGCACAUCGAUGACCUCCUGAAGAAGCCAGACGUCAAAGGCAUCAAGUUCCUCUUCCUGGUAGGGGGCUUUGCCGAGUCAGCAAUGCUCCAGCACGCCGUCCAAUCGGCCUUCGGCAGCCUGUGUCGCGUCAUCAUCCCCCAGGACGUCGGGCUGACUAUCCUCAAAGGGGCGGUGCUCUUCGGCCUCGACCCCACCAUCGUCAGGGUCAGGCGCUCACCCCUGACCUACGGCGUGGGGGUACUCAACAAAUUUGUGGAGGGGAAGCACCCCAAGGAGAAGCUGCUGGUGAAGGAGGGGAAGAACUGGUGCACAGACAUCUUUGAGAAGUUUGUCUCCGUGGACCAGUCGGUGGCUCUGGGCGAGGUGGUGCAGAGAAGCUACUGCCCGGCCAGGGUAGGGCAGCGGAAGAUCAUCAUCAACAUCUACUGCUGCGCCUCGGAUGACGUGGUCUACAUCACCGACCCGGGGGUGAGGAAGUGCGGCACCAUCAGCCUGGAGCUGGACGAGCUGGACGAGCCGAGCUGCCUCAAGAGCCGCCGGCGGGAGAUCCGGGCCAGCAUGCAGUUCGGGGACACGGAGCUCAAGGUGGCAGCUAUGGAUGUCAGGACCUCCAAGACAGUCAGGGCUGCCAUUGAUUUCCUGUCCAAUUGAGCCCCAAAGGAAGGGACAGCUCAGAGGCUGCGGGGGCGUGGGGCGUGUCUUCCACAACCAUCUGCCCCUCUCCCCUGACAGCACAUGCCUCGGUGCUCACAUCCAUGCGCGGUUCACACCACGAGAUGCAGUCGCUUUGUAUCCUCAGCAACAGCGAUACCGGACUUGGAGGAGCUUUACGUUGCUAGGGAACAAUGGUUCAUUGACUCACAAACCUAAUCAAGCCACGGGGAACCCAUGGUCCUCGCUGGGACCCUGCCAGAGGUUGCGGUCAAGGUCCCUGCGCCAGACACACUCCAUCAGAGGAGUCCUGAAUUCACCUGAGGGCCGACGUGGCGUUGCUGUGUCACGAGGCUACCCUCCGCCACAGCAGGGUGAUGAAGAAAAUCUAUCCUACGGGGACACGCCAAGGCAGCAGUGACCCUAAGAACAUAAGAGCGGCCAUACUGGGUCAGACCACUGGUCCAUCUAGCCCAGUAUCCUGCCUUCCAAUGCCAAGUGCUUCAGAAGGAAUGAACAGAACAGGUAAUCAUCAAGUGAUCCACCUCCUAACUGAGUUUCCAGGAGCUCUAAGCCAGUAGCUACUUCACUUGAGCUGGACAAUGUUGCCCGCAGCCUCUUUGAAGAGGGAGAAGGACCCUCUGUGUUCACAGAAUUACAAGCCCUCUGCUCCUGUAGGACGAACGCUACAAGAGAAGGCCUCCUCCGGCUGCAAACCCUUCUUCCUCUUACUCAGAAACCGGAUUUGGUUUUGGCUUGUUUUAUCUUGGGGAAGAUCCCCCUGGAGUGCGAGGCUCAAGCCAGUCAGACUCACAGUUCGGGUCUCAAAGGCCUCUCAAGAGUGCUCCUUAGCAGGAUCUUCAGCAGGAUGUCAGCCCAGCACCCAGGCACACGUGCAUGUCUUGGCCAAGUAAACACAAAGCCAAGCUGGCAGCAAACGCAGCCUGGUGGCCAGCAGGAGGUGACGUGAUAAAGUGGCUCUGUCUCCAUGAUGUCGGCAUCAGUGCCUGGACGGUUUACUGGCAUGAAGUUCAGAGAGCUCCCCGGCGGAUGUUCUCCCAGUGACCUCUGCAUGCAAUGCAGCAAGCGGCACUCGCUCCUCCAGGGACUGAACCCAGUGGGAGCGCUCUGCCCUGGCAUUCUGUGGGGUCACGCUCAGUCCAGGAGUACAUCCAGCUCACCUGCGCUUGCCUCGCUGCUCCUGCACUGCAGUUCUGUACCCUGCUGGAGCUUGCCACUGGGCACAGAGCCGCAGGAUUGGAGCUCUGGCCCCAGCUUUGGAACAGUCUCCAGGAGGAAUCCUUCUGUGCCAGACCCCCUAAGGAUCUCAUUCUUCCUCCAGGGUGAGCCAUGCUUCACCGCCUCCAUAGGCCGGACCUCCGGGACCCCUCCUUCACCCCGUGAGCUCCACUCUGCGAGUCCCACUGAGACAGGCCCCCAGGGAGACUUGUACGAUCCUAGGGAGCGACGCAGGGACACUCACAGAGUAUGGGGAUGCAGUGGGGUUUAUUAGGUGACUGGAGAAGACAUCCUGGGUUAGCAUAAGGAAAAGAAAGUUGUAGCCCACUCCAUCCUAGUCAGCUCAGAGCCUGGAGCCCUGACCCUCUGACCUCGCGUUGUCCCAGCUCAGGGGGGCCCCCAUCUCCUGCAGCAGCCAACAUUCAACUACCCCCCUGCACUCCUCCCGUCCUUUGUUCCCCAGCUGGGCAAACACUGUGUGGCUUCCUGCCGAGGGAUGGGCCCUACAUGGUCCUUGGUUGCCAUUGUCUUCUCAGAUGCUCCACUGAUAUGGGCCCUAAGGCCCCAGACAACUAGGAGCCAUCCACAUCCAUAAGCUCUGCAAAGAGCAAGCAGACCUGUUCCCCCCACAGGUAACAAUGCAGCAUACAGGGGAAACUGAGGCACGCUGCGGCUUUCUAAAAAUAUUACAAAAAUUCCCACUUCGCCACACCACCGGCCCCAGCUGACUAGCUUUGCUGGCUCGUUUGGCACCCGGGAGCUGCCUUAGUUGGCUAAUGAAUAUUCUACUGGCCAGCUAGUCCCUACCCAGGAGUUAAAGGUCAGGAACCUUUUUCCUGGCCCUGCUCAGCCGAAGCGACCACAGACAGAUCCCGUCAGGGCAGAAGAAGGGGGAGUUGCCGUGGUUGAUACCAGUUGAUCUGUAGAUUACUGGCAGGCUGUGUGGCUGGGGACAAAGCAAUGGUGACCGGUGACAAAGGCUCCUUUCGAUAAAUAUAUGUAUUUUUUUGUAAACCCAAAUUUUUAUUUUUACAUAUCACGUGUAAACCCCCCCCCCAGGUCCAAGAGGCAAGCACUAUGGCUGGAUCUGUGGCACUAGUGAGGCAAGCGUGCGGCCUUUAUCCGGUGUUUAAGAGAAGUAUGCUAUGUGAUGGAAAUCAAAAUAAACGAUUAUACUCUUCUGCA